UUGAUCACCUGACGUAUCAUACGUGUCAUAUGACCUGGUUGACGUACCUGACGUAUUUUCGAUACAUUUAACUAGCUACAAAUACAAGCAAGUGAACAUCAUGUCUAAGGGAAUAGGAACAGUUAGAAGAGACCCACCAAAAUCACUGACGUGUAUUUAGUUUCCUCAUCUUUCGUGCCGACUACGAUAUCGUUGGAUUUUAUCUGACCUGAAGAUAUAUAAUUUGCAUUGGCGCUGUUUGGUGUGUUUCUAUAUUUUAUUGUUGUUGUCUGUGUUUUUUUUGGGGAUCGUCGCCCUGAGGUUUCUGUAGCCGGUGGUUCUUCUGAGAAGUCGUUUUGUCCAGCUCGGGUAGUGACAUUCUGUAUCGGAUUCAAUGUGUAUCGUUACGUUGAUCCCCCUUUUUUUUUUUUUUUUUUUGCGAAGUUUUGGAAGCAUAUUUUUGAACGGAGGUUGUGAUAAUUUGUGAAUGUAUUAGAUGUUUCUAAACUCACUGCAAGCACUUUUCCGUUUUAUUUGUUCCGCCAUCGUUGUGUUGAAAACCCCUCUGUACGUCGCAUCAUGGGGAACGUCAGUAGGAAGACUGGAGCCCAGGUCAGUUGGAGCCACCAAGCGUUCGCUGUCAGGUGCAGUUCCCAGGCGUUUUGGACUAAGGUGCGCCGUGCCAUGGCGUCAGUGUGUGUGGCUGUCCGUGUUCGACCCUUGAACAAAAGAGAAAAGGAAAUGUCAGCGAAGGUGAUUAUCCACAUGAAGGGGAAGACCACAUCUGUAGACGGCAACAACAAGGACAUACAAAAAGGUAUUCUUGGCAUUGGCCUGACGGAUCGAGGAAGCCAUUCAUUCUCCUAUGAUUUCUCCUACGAUUCUACUGAUGUCAGAAGCCCCAACUUUGUGCCUCAGGAGAAGGUGUUUAAAGACUUGGGCUGUGAUGUCCUGAAGGCAGCGUUUGAAGGUUACAACGCCUGUGUGUUUGCCUAUGGACAAACCGGGUCAGGGAAGUCUUAUACCAUGAUAGGAAACCCAGGAGAUCUAGGUCUGAUUCCACGGAUCUGUGAUGGACUGUUCUGUCACAUAUCAGAGAUGGACCAGGUGGAUGGGGCCUCCUUCCGCAUAGAGGUCAGCUACCUGGAGAUUUAUAAUGAGCGUGUACAGGACCUCCUCACGACUAAGACGGACCCAGGGAGUUGGUCAGGACUCUACCUCAGAGAACACCCCAAGGAUGGGCCCUAUGUGGAGAACCUGUCGACACGCCUGGUUCAGAACUACACUGAUAUUGAGGAGCUAAUGCAUGCUGGGAAUGCCAAACGCAUCACGGCGAACACGGACAUGAAUGAUGUUAGCUCUCACUCCAUCUUCACCGUCAUCAUAACACAGGUUUGUUUUGAUGCAGAACUGCCAUGUGAGACGGUGAGUAAGAUCCACCUGGUAGACUUGGCAGGCAGUGAGAGGACUGGUGCCAGACUGAAUGAAGGAGCCAACAUCAACAAGUCCCUGGUCACUCUGGGUAGUGUCAUCUCUGCUCUGGCUGAUACAUGUGUGACUGGAGAAGGGAGCUCUCACACAGGGAAGAUGAAGAGGCAGCUGUUUAUCCCCUACAGAGACUCUCUUCUGACCUGGCUCCUGAAAAAUAGCCUGGGGGGAAACACCAAGACAAUCAUGAUAGCAACUAUUUCUCCUGCUGACGUGCACUACGGUGAGACACUGAGCACUUUGCGCUACGCUAACCAAGCUAAGAACAUCGUUGACUGUGGGCUUGUUGACGAGGACAGUGGUGUUAAAGUCAUCAGAGAACUGCAGGAGGAGAUCGGUAGACUGAGAGGACUGAUGGAGAAUAACAACCAGGACGAGACUGUAGCUCUGAGGAAAGAGGGUAUCCGUGUAGCGUUGGACUCAGAACCACCUCAUCUAAUCAGCAUCGACGAUGAUCUUCUCAGCACCGGCGUUAUUCUCUAUCAUUUAAAAGAAUGCAGGACGCUGGUGGGUCGACACGAGGCGCCGUCCAAUCAGGAUAUCGGUGCUGUCAUCCAGCUGGGGAGAGGAACUAUGUUCUGUUUCAACCAUCCUAAAGAGACGGCCCAGCUCAGAGAGCAACGCAGGAGUGCCCUUCUCGCCAGUCUGUCCAUGGCGCACCUCUCCGAGCCUACAGAGAACCUGUCCAAGGAAAUGCUUUUCCAUUCCGGGAUGGGUAUGCUAGCAGGACUGACUGGAGACACUAGACAACAGAGGAGCUCUGUGCUCUCUUCUCCACUAAAGACCUGUACGGUAAUGAGAGGAGACGAAGGAGGAAUAGACGGAGGAACAGAGGAAGGAACGCACCACGCACACUUCCCGCUGGCCAGCAGCAGCUCAACAGACACACAGACAUCUCGGUUUGACAAACACACUGCCUCUCUGUCCCAGACCGAACACACAGCCUCCCGGCUGGACAGGGACAGACACAGACGCAGCCAGGCGGUACGCGGCCUACCGCUAGCAGCAUUGGAGGGCCAGUUCAGUCGUUGCAUGAUGAAUUCAUCCAAGACCACGGUGGAGGGCUACGGAGACUAUUACAAGGAGGAGACACAGGCUGGGGCUAGGAGGGAGGAGGAGGUUGAGCAGUUUAGCAGGGUGUCUAGGGGUGAGGAGGCCCAGGCUGGGGCUAGGAGGGAGGAGGAGGUUGAGAAGGUUAGCAGGGUGUCUAGGGGUGAGGAGGCGCAGGAUGAGACCCAGUUCUCUGCUUCCGGGCUGGGUGCUCUGGUUAGCAGAGUAUCCCAGAUCUCUGGGCUUGGGGGAAAGCAUAAGCUAGACUCUCUGGGGGAAGAGAGCUCUAUCUCUGGGAUGGGUUCUGUGGUCAGCAGUGAGGUGUCAGUGAGGUUCCCGGACACGUGGCGUCUCCUCCACAGCUCCCUCCCGAGAGUCCUGCAGCAGUUCUGGGACAGUACAGGAAUUCUGCAGCCUGGAGAUUGGGGUAUGGCUGGGAGUCUGCAGCCUGUAGAUGGGGGAAUGGCUGGGAGUCUGCAACCUGGAGCUGUGGGAAGAGCCUGCUCCAGUUGGCCCAGUCAGGUUGUCUCAAUGGUGAGGGAGAGUCUGGUGCUGUCAGUGGUCAAAGACAGCCAGGUCUUCUCAUUGGUCAGAGAGAGUCACAUGUUCUCCUAUGUUAAAGACAGUCAGGUGUUCUCUAUAGUCAGUGAGCUGCCAUUGGUGCAACAGAUGAGCACUGAGCUAACUCAUGACUUCAGGAGCAUUCCCAUUGAGCUAACUCAUGACUUCAGGAGCAUUCCCAUUGAGCUAACUCAUGACUUCAGGAGCAUUCCCAUUGAGCUAACUCAUGACUUCAGGAGCAUUCCCAUUGAGCUAACUCAUGACUUCAGGAGCAUUCCCAUUGAGCUAACUCAUGACUUCAGGAGCAUUCCCAUUGAGCUAACUCAUGACAUCAGGAGCAUUCCCAUUGAGCUAACUCAUGAUCUUCAGCAAGUGGAGUCAACUGGAAUACAGCAGAGAGCUAUUGACCUUAACACCGCACCAAAAAUGGACCUGCCCCUUCUUACAACACACAAUACUGUCUUCAGCCCAGCACCAAGCCUGUACCCAGCCCAGAAUGCCACUGAGUUCCCACAUAGACAGAACACUGGUACAGAAGUGGAUUGGAGAACAGGGGAACAGAAUCCCAUCCGAGAACUGGAGUGGACUCCGGAAGGCAGACAGGAGGCUCCAUCUACGUCAGAGGUACAGAUUACAACCAAGGGGGAGCUGUGGUCACCAGAGGACCAGAUCAAGAUGGAGGAGGACCCACAGUGUGUCACCAAUGGCAGCAAGCCACAGUCCCCUCCAGAGCAGGGGGACAACGCCAGGUCUGCAGGUCCAGAGAAGAGCUCUGUUCCUGGGCAGGCGAAGGAGUGGACUGAGGGUGUCCAGGUAUAUUACCAGAGACUGGUGGAGUUCCCAGGGGCUCUGGUUCAACUCCAGUCCCUUCCCGUGUUCACCCUCCUGGGCUGUCUCCAGUCUGUUGUCCCCUCUGUCUUCACCUCGCAGAGACUCGUGGCUCUCUACUGGCUGGGCGUGGCCAACUGCAGCCAGCCCCACCCACACCCUUCUGUCGUCCUCUUAUUUGAGUCCUGCCUCUACGCCCUGAUCUUUGACCCUGACAUGUCCGAUCAGACCACGCCUCUGACAGUGUUCCACCACCUCCCCCUGCUGCAGAUCAAGGAGAUCCAGGUGGGUUUUGGCGGUCAGAGUCUUCGUCUCACAGCCUCCACUAAGGAGAGUGUCCUGACCCUCUACACCCACAGCCAGACCCUCACCCAGGCCCUCACCCAGACACUGCUAGGUGUGUUGUCCCCUGGGGACCAGCGAGUGGCUCACCACCCCUUCCUGAAGGAAGAUCUGAUGGCGCUGUCUCUGGACUGGAAGGCACAGGUACCUGACCUGCUGUUGGAUGCUGGGCUCAGGCUGUCUGGUCACUUCCACAAGACCCUAGCUGACCUGGUGUAUAUUCUGCACGGCAACAUGGACAGAGAGACUAGUCUGGGAGAGGUCAGACUGCUGCUCUACACUACAGUUGGUGUGACAACGACCCCUGACCCCAGACCUGACCCCUGGGCCCAGCUCUUCCUCACGGAGACACACCUGGGACUGGUGCAGGAGAAUGCCGUGUUCCACCCUGCUCCGCGCCACCUCCCCUGCUGUCCCGACAAGCACAGUUCCAGGGGGUGUCCCUUCGGUGCCGCUCUGACAUCCGUUGUUUGAUGGUCGGAGAUUGGGCUGGGAGCCCCCCCGCUGUGGGGGGAGAUGGAGCUGGUGAUGAAGUCGUAGGUGGGGCAGUUAGACUGGACAUCAUCCUAUCUCGGAACCGGAGGACCAGGGGAGAGAGGUGGGCCAGGCCUAAGGAACAGCCUGGAAGAAUCGCUGCUGCUGUGAGGACGGUAGGAAGGGUGGCUGAAGCUGCUAUCCUGUAUGCUGACUCUAAUUCAUGUCCUUCGCCGCAUCAGCAGGCUGAAGUGUGGAAAUUAAAUUUCAGCUGCUCGUCGGAGGCCGCCUGUCUGAUUAAUCACUUGUCAAACGUCUCAAUGGUCACUGAUCAAGGACUGGACAGACCGUAAUGGAACUAUAGCUUAGACCGGACUGGACAGAAGAACUGGUACCUAACUCUCAUUGAGAGGAAGUCGAGGUGGCAGUACAGUCCAUCUCAAAACAACAAGAUGGAGAAUGUUUCUACUUUGACACUACUAAAGGGCACUUUCCCCAAACACAGACUAAGAUGAGUCCAUGGAUUUAUAAAAGCUUAAAAGACAAUCUCCUUGUACUUCAACUUUUCAUCCAGGACUUGGGUUAAUCUGUGUCCAGGAAACAGGCCCAUAGAGAAUAUGAAUGUGUUUUUGUUGUUCAGCAUUUCUAUGAAAUAUUCAUAUCCCAUUUUCCACAUCUUUCUGAAGUGGAACUUUAUUUUUUGGUCUGCUGUUUUCCAUGUUGUGGUGGGUGUUUUUGUCAUUCACUGUUCCUGUUUUAGUUUACACUGUCGGGGACACUUCAUUAGAGAGAAUAUAGGCCAUUCUUUUUAAGGAUAGAUAUGCAAAGGGGACAAAUUAAUUGCAGGGUAUGCCUUUUUAAGCAUAUUUACACUUUUGACCACACAAAAGACGUGUUAUACAUCAAAUAUUUGAAAUGUUUGUUUUAUGGACAUGUAAACUUUUUUUUAAAAUUACUUUAUGCUAAAUAAUAUUAUGCAAUCUAAGUAAUUAUAUUUGUGGAAUAUUUGAAUUACUUGGUAGUUUCAGACACUUGUGUGUUUAAAAAUACAUGUGUUUAAAAUGGUCAUGUUUACAAUGCUGCAGGUGGAAAAGAUGUGGUUUUGUUUAGGUUUGUCAAGCAUUAAAAGUUAUACAACUUCU